AUGACGUCUCAUCUGACAGUACUUUUCUUAUUCUUCUUGAGUAGUUAUCCUCUCUUUCACUCAAUGUAGAUGCAUUACGGAUCAGAAUACAAUGAUGGUUCUGCUAAAACAGAGCUUGAAAAAAUUAUUGAAUGUUGAGGACCCACAUUGAAGAUUUUUUUUUUUGAGCUACACCAUAGGCUUCCAUUUAUUUCGUAAAAUCAUGUUUAUUUUACUGGAACAUGACUGUUGAUAACAUUGUUUAUGGAGAUUACGGAUUAACUUGGAGAUGCAGUAAAUAGUCUGUAAAUAUUAUUAUAAAAUUACACAUGUAGGUACCGUACAAAUGACGACCAUCCACUGCAAAUUCCACAAUUGGGUUCUUCAGGGGUAUCCAAAUUAUUUCAUAAUCGGAAUCUCCGUCUAAAAAUUAGUCGAUAUCCAAAAAUCCAUUAAUUUUUAUGCCCGGGAACUACUUUUAAAACGCAUUUAAAGUUUGUAUGGGGAUGUUUUUGUUCGGGACGAACUGUCAUUUUAUCGAUUGAACUGUCAUUCUAUCCACGAAAAUUAUAACGAUUUUGUUAAUUUUACCAUCAAAACAAAGGAAUUGGUACGCAAUAAAAGCAUGUUAUGCUCAGAAACUGAGCUCUUUCGAUUAGGCUAUAGAAAGCAGCAAUAUUUUAGUCAUUAAACUAUCCAAUUACCCCAGGCCACACUUUGCUUCGAAAAAUCUUAGCGUGAAUAACGCGCUCAUUCAUUGACUCACCACCACCACCCCUCGCACACACAAUCGCCGUAAUCAGAGCCACCCGAUCAACGCAGACAGCUGUGCCGAGAGAGAGAGAGAGAGAACCGAUCGAUUCUCUCCCGACGCUGCGCCCGCUGGCCUUCCUCUGGGGUCCCAAAAAACUUCUCACCACCUAUGCUGCGCUGCGGUGCGGCGCAGCCCACUCUUCUAAUGCUGUUGUAAUAAGUAGUAUAGGUAUGCUACAAACUCUCGUUUUCGGUUCGGUUUUUGUAGAUUGACUGCUCCUCGUCGCGCCGAUCGUACCCUACGAGGACGGAGGUGCUGUUGUUAUGUUUUAGGAGGUUUUGAUCUCCGAAAUGAUCUCCAGUCGAUCGUAGGUAGUUGCGGUUGGUAGCAUGUGCGCGCGGUUGAUCGUUUGAGUUGCCCGCGCCUCCACCUUCGCUCCGGAGCAGCAGCAGCAGCAGCAGUUCGACGCUCGUCGUUGAUCGUGUACCUCUAACGCGCAUUCGUGGUUCGAACUCGGUCCGCAGUCCUCGGUGCGCUGCUCCGUCCAUGUGUUUUGUGUGUAUGAUCUCUUUAAACCCCUCAGUUAAACUUUGGACUCCGCAACGGACGCGCGCGUCGUCGAGAGCGUACCUACUACUUACUACCUCCCCAUGUGCGCACAUGCGUGUGAUGCGAGGUGAUCGAUCGCUUGAUCCUUUCCCGGAGUGACGUGUUCUAAAGGCGGGUGUGGAACAUCCUGUGGCUGUGAUAUGUGUGUGCGGAGCGGUAAAAGAACAAGCGACUAAUCUAACGACGAAUUGUUUGUUGUUCAAGAGUGCACGUACGUGCUCAAGUGGAUCCUGGUGCCGUGCGGAGCCGCCGCCGGGAGGAAAAUCUCAAUCGUGCAAUAAAAUGCAAUUAUCAGCAGUGUUGCCCUGCCGGUCGGAUCAAGAGUGUUGUUUAUUACUGUGCAUUCCGUGAAAGAUUGCAGAAAUCAUCGGUGUGGAAACAAAGCGGCGGCCGGAAACGAACGAACCAAACGAACGACCGAAGAACCCGUGUGUGAGCGAACGAAGAGAGCGAGGGCGUGCGAAGGUGGUGUGUGUUGUGUGGGAAACUCUUGAAGAGGGCGGGGAAUCGGGUGGCGAUCUUUCUCCCGGAGCGCGUCCGUCGCCUGCAUUCGGCGAGAUUUGCGUGUGAGUGCAUUUCCGUUGAUAUUGCACCGGGGCUGUGCGAGAUGCGGUAAAAAUAAACAACAGUGAGUGAGUGCCAACGGCCAUCGGUGCCAGACGACGAAGACCUCGACUUUUCCAACCCCGAUAAGCUGCUGCCGUGCCGUGUCGUACCGUGGACGGAAGAUUAUGUCCCCGUUGGUUGGUGUGAGAAUCAUCUAGCGGCAGGCAGGCAGGCAGACAGUCAAACAGAGCCAGUUUUACGAUCUCUGCAUGCAGCUGCAUCCAACUGCACUGCACUGCACCCUCCUUUGUGUGUGAUAUUGUUAGCGCUGUAGGUACAAGAAAUAGGAAUCGGCCGGGAGUCCUCUUUCUGAGGCGAGUGUGUGAUUACACGAUUACCGGGGAAAAGCCGUAAAAGUAAACGUGUGCGGUGCGCGGUCUGGGCGUGUGGUAGUAGUGUACUAAGAAGAAGCGCGGGGGAGGACCUCCCUGCUGCUAGUGCUGCAAUCGAGAGCAAGAGAGCGAAGACGACGACGACGACGAUGCACAUGCUGCUGCCGGGCGCUGCUGCAUCCCAAUAAUAACCCGUACCCCCGCGCGAUCACCCGCGUUCUCGCGUCGCGUCAUCGUGGUGACGGUGGAGAGGGGCGAAAGUGUGUAAGAGAAGAACAACCAGAAGCGCAGUGCGGUGUGCAUUGUGCGGAGAGGUGUGCAGAGGAGUGUGCAUAACAACGCCAACGCGCGUUCGAGAAUUGGAGAAUAUUGUUGUUGUGUCUUGUUCUGGAAGCGGGAUUUUUUUUUAUUGUCGUCGCCUUCACCAAUAGUGCGGUUUAUCUCUAAAUGCGACACGAUGGUUGCGGUAUCUCCGGGUUCGCAAUAGAAGCCAGCAGAAGAAGAAGUGCGUGUGUCGUGUGUAAGUGUAAGGCGAGGAUUUACGAAAGGAUUUGCGGUGCGGUGUCGUCGAAUGCCGCAGCAUCGAAUCGAAUCGAAUCGAGUGGAAAGACGACAGUCGUUUUGCGUAGCUGAAAGGAUUAGCUCCGGACCGGAGAUACAUCAAUGUGUUUAUACUGCUAUUGGAAAUUAUGGAUACAGCACUAUAGGAUUCUAGAAAUCCUCUCGCAGUCGUCCGAGAAGCUGGAACACCUGAUCGCCUCCUCACCUGCCUCGUUAGCUGCGAAAGCGUCAGCCGAACAGGAUGCGAUAGCCGCCCUCCAAGCGUUACGCAACAACAACAAUCAUACAGCAAAGUCAGUUACCUCAGUACUUAGUAAAACGCAUCUACAAAACCUGGAAGCGAAUUCCGUAUCUGUGAUCCCGAUUGAGAGUAUGAAAAUCACUUCGUCCUCCAAUCAGCAACAGCAGCAGCAGCAUCCGUCGAUAAUUCAUCAAACGAUACACCUGCACCAUCCCCAGCAGCAGGUGCCUCAACAGCAACAAAUUCAGCAACUACCAAAACAGCAACAGCAGCUACACCACCACCACCAGCAGCAGCAGCUGAUACAGGUCAAGAAUCUGACCCAGCUGCAGCAGGAACAUCUCGAAACCGCAGCGGUAUUAAUGGACAUUAGUAAAAAAGUGAUAAUCUCGCCACCCAGUUCGAACCCACAGUCACCCAGUUUGAUUGCCGAACAGCAGCAGAAACAACAGCAAUCGCAACAGUAUCAGCAAACUAUCAAUAACAACAACAAUCAACCGCAACUACAAAGUAUUAAGUCUUCUGUGAUAAAGCCUCACGAGUAUCUCCUGAACAGCCUCAAGCGAUCACCCAGCAGCGAAGAGAUGGAUCUUACCAUGAAACGCGUCAAGGUCGAGCCGAACAUCCUUUCGCCGACCCUGCCGGCCACCACGCUGGUCAAAAAGAACGUCAUCAAACGGGAACACAUGGACGACAUGGCCGUGGACGACGGAGCGAGUCAGCACAGCGAUUCGGCCGACAGCAGCGACUCCGGCCGGCUACAGAUGGACAUCUCCUCGCAGGACGCCGGCUCCGAGUGUACAACGGACGAGCUCAAACGAUCCAACAACAACAACAAUAAUAACAAUCACCACCAUCAUCACCAUCAGCAGCAGCACCAGAUGGACCACCACAUCGGACGGGAAACGCCGGACAGCCUGAACUCUCUGGAAGAGCAACAGCACCUGCAGCAGGCCCAGAUUCAUUUGAGUCAGCAGUUUGGAGCGCUUGUGGAGGGCGCCGACCCGGCUACUACCCAGCUGUGGCAGGCGCUGGCGCAGAAUACGAAUCUCAUUGUUAACGGUGCCGGUAACGAAGCCACGCAGCUUCUCCGAAAGAUGAUCAAUGCUCGAACCCUAGGCCUUCAAUUUUCACCGUCCAUCCAGCUUACACCUGGAGUGUCGCUCAUUAAGCAAACCGAAUCGAACCGCAACAGUGGCCAGAGUGGCCGUCGGAAGCAGUCCUGUCCCAGUCGAACGCCAGUAGAGGGCAACUCGCCCAAUACCACGAUGGAGGCCCUAAAACUGAUCACAUCGAACAAAGCCAGUGGAGGAGUAACGACGAUAGUUACCAAUAACAAUAGAAGCAGUAGCAGCCCGGUCCACCUGGACGCCGCCAGUCAAUUGAGCCGUGCCAACAUCCUGUUCCGAACCAAAACGGACGGUUCGCCGCCAGGGGUCCUACUCCCGGGGGUCAUCGAGCAGCAGAACAGUGGUGCCGUCAGUCCGCAGUUGCAAGCCGUGAAGAAUGCCGCAGCCCAGUUGGCCGCUCAGCAGCUGGCCCAACAGUCGCAAGCCGCCCAACAGCAGCAACAAAGUCAACCUUCGCCACCGCAACAACAGCAGCAGCAAGGCCAGAACCAGCAGAACUCGUCGCAGAAGGACAUGUCCUGCACUAACUGCGGCACGACGACGACCACCAUCUGGCGGAGGAAUAUCCGCGGCGAGAUGGUGUGCAACGCUUGUGGACUGUACUUCAAGCUGCACGGUGUCAACCGACCGCACACGAUGCGACGGGACACGAUCCACACGCGCCGGCGUCGUCCCAAGGGCGAUAAGGCCACCCGAAGGAAAUCCAUCAAAAACGAAGGAGCGGAAGUCAUUGACAACGGAGUUGUAGAGGGAGCUGCGGAUCUGCAUGCCUUGCAGAACCACAAUCUGUUGAUUGCGUUAAGGGAUGCGGCUCGCGCGACGCCGCCCAACUUCCCGAUGUCACCUGCCUUCCAGCACUACCUGCGCGUAACACAGAACUUCGACCCCAACGGUGCUACCAGCGGAGGCGUCAUUGUCGGUGGUGGCGGCGCCGGUGGAGACCUGGACGCCGGCGACGACAGUGGCCCCGAGAACGACAUCGAUUCGUGCAACCUGCCGCUGAACCUGGUUGCCACCCAGCUCGGCGGUGGCAGCGACAACUCGCAACACUGACUGCGUCGGAAGCCCGUCAAAGCCAGCUAGGGCCGGCUCCGGAUGGCGUCGACGUCGACGGCGACGCUUCCGCCCAAGCAGCGUAAAAAGCGUCGCCGCCGGCGUAAGAAAAAGCGGAAGCCGUAAGCCGGUCGGACCGGUGGAAUUGACGAGUGUCUCGGAUGAAAAGCGAACGAGGGCCACUCGGUUACGAAUCUUUUGAAUACUAUUACUACUACUGCUACUACUUUUAAUUACCUAUUACACACCUACUUCAACUACUAUCAAUAACUACUACAACUACUAGUACGAGAGAAGCCGGAGAAUUGCUAACGAAAGGCAGCAACUAGCUUUACGCCUAACCACCAUACUUAAGAAGACUUGAGCUAGCAGUUUUAGCAAUCCCAUCCAAUUUUCGCCUAAUAGUAGGAUACAUGGCAAUUACAAGGGGACUUGUAGGUUUGGCUUAAUGAUGCCAAACGUGUUUUAUGCCAAACGUACUUGAACCGUUGCAAGGCAUGAGAUGCAAUAGGCGCAGCACCUCUACGACAUUCAUAAAUUAAACCUAACGGAAAAAAUGCACAGGUAACUUGAAGAAAAAAUUCUAAAUUUAGGAAGGUAGCUUAGGCACGGAAUGCGAAUACUCAUAACACUAACGGAAGCAACUGUUGUUUCAAUCGAAUCGGAAAAGGAAAUACUCUUAAUGCAGAAAAGAUUUUACCAACCUAGGAAACACACAAACGAUAUCAGUAGAACUGCACACAAAAAAGUGAAGAAGAAAAAUGAACAAACAACAAGCAAUAAUGAGGCGAACGACUGUGGAAAAGAUGAAGAUAAUUGGACUAGGAACGCCGCCGUAUAGGUUAGGGAUUUUCCGCGAAAAUCGCAGCGCUUCCCUGGGAGAGGAAGCAAGCCAAGGAUUUAUUUCAGUCGCCAUAGGGUUUCAAGUUUUUUUUUUUAGCGAAAGAGAUCUGAUUUUAACCAAACACCGUUUUUAUUAGAAUGCAUACAGCUACAUAUAACCGGCAAGUGAAUGAUAAAUAUGUGAUAGUUGAAGGUUGAGGAACGGUAGCUUUCGGAAGAAGAAUGCGAACAAAGCGGUUGAAAUUUUUAGACAGACUGGGGAAUAGUGUCCAUCCCCCUCACGCGAAGAGAUAUGGUUAAUGUUAGAAAGACAAAUCAAAAUUUAUCUGUAGAGGUGCGCACGAACAGAAAAAAAAAACAAACAACUGUUGAAUACUCAUAUUGGGAAGUAACACAUAUAGGUAAGCUCUUUUUUACAACUAGUUUCUUCCAGCUCCCAUCGGUAACACAAAGAACCUCCAAUUCCCUAAAUUUCUCCCAAAUAACCCAGUUUAAUGUGAUCCCUUGGCGUACCACGUUACUUAAUUACCCCGCUUACGCGCUAGUAGUGAUACUAAUUUGAUAAGCGUCGUUCCUUUAUACGUUUAUUUUUCGUUUUUUUUUUAUUGUUAGAAACAUCUUUGGGCACAUUCUCGUCAAAACAUCUUCAUAUAUUUUCUUAUUUUUUUGGUUUAAUCCCUGCAAAAUUGUAAAAAAAUGUUCUGAAGAAUCCUAACCUGCAACCUUUUGGUGCAAAAUAUUACCAUGCUUUCAGUCAUUCUAAAGGGUUUUGCGUUGAAUAUGCUGUUACUUCAGCAUUAAUGAUAAAAACCCAAGAAAAGUAAAUUUUGGAAGUUAGAUUUGACUGGAAUGACCCAUCAUGUGCUCUCUUAUUACCCGUAAUGAAUUCCAUCCAACUCCCACAGACGUAGGUAGUGUCCACUGCAUUAAAAUCGGUCAAAAUCUCAAAAAUCUCUCGCUUACACGAUAGUACACAGUGUAAAAAUGCUGAAAAUGAUCCAAAUUGACCAUUGUAAACCACCCACGCGCCUUUUGCCUUUUGUCCGUCCUGCUAGAUCUGCGCUUUUUCCAGAGCUUCACUAAACAAGAUUUCAUGCAACAUGUUCCACAGGAAACCCACUGAAUCUCAUCGCGAACAAAAAAUACAUAGUCAACUCAGCCUAAUUAACUAGCAAUUUCGGUCAGAAGAACCACUUUUCACCAAGUGUCUAGUCAUUUCAAAACAAACGCGCAAAAAUCCAUUACUGUCCAUCCAUACCGGAAUGCAAUCACGUAAUUUUCAAAUCUCUUCAAACAACGUGUUAUCUUUAAUGGUAAAUCAUGUAUAGAAGUUAGAGUCUUUGAACGGGGCAUAGGAGAAAACGUUUUCGAAGAAAAUCAGCAACAGUAAUAACUUGUAGGUCAUUAGUUCAGACUAAUGAAUGAAUUUGGAUGCAUUCAAACAGGA